CUUGUUCUGCUUCUGGGGCUUUGGAUUCAGCUGGGUGGUGUAGGAGUAAAAUUAUGUUUGUUGAUGUAGGUUAAGCCUGUAAAACCUUUUGGCACUAAGUUUCUAUUUCCUAAUUUAGUUCUGCAUAAUCAAAUAUAAGCUUGCAUGCUUCUACUUCAGAUUUCUCUAUGCUGUCGGCCCAAGAUAAAGUUGUUGCUAGUAUCUCUGAUCCUAUUUUCUCUUCCUCUUUACAUCAGGCAGUUCAGUAAUUAAGCCAACAUGUGGCUUGGCUGCUGUAUGGGUUUUUGUCUAAAUGCAUUUAUGCCGUCUCUGUACAUGACAAGAUUUACAGACAAACUAAAAUCAAAGCAUUCAAUAACAAAAUAACAAAACCAGUAUUGUUGCUAGAUGCUGUUCCUGUAAGCCGAUAAUAACUUUUUUUGUUGUAUACAAUUUUUAACAGUCAUUCUCAUUACUUUCUCUUUGCUGAAUACAGUAAUUGUUGUUGUCAUUCAGUACAGUAUUGCAAAAUACAGUUAGUGAGGAACUGAAUUUGUUGUUAAAAUCAGAAACCAGCCGAAACCUUGAAGAGCUGUACAUAGUGGAUAUUGAGUAUUUAUUGAGUUUAGGCAGUCUUGUCCUAUUAGACCAAACCUUAUCCUUAAAAAAACUACAUUAGACCUUAACUUCAUAAUCUUUUACCAAAUGUAAAGUUCUGAAGAUUUACAAACCUCUGAUGGUGAACAUCUUAAUACUUUUGUUUUAAUCAUUUUCUUAACAUAAAGAAUAUCGUUUUUAUCAUUUGAUUAUUAUUUAUUUUAAAGCUGUUAAUCUGGGACAGAUUGGUUUGUUGGCUCAGGAAUAAACUGACUGAAUUUCAUUUGGCCUCUUUAAACCAUUUUGUCAGCAAGGCGCAAAAUAUUUUUGCAAUUUUUGUUGCUAAAAUGUUUUCUUUAUGUGCUGAAAUGUGAUCUUUUAUCUUAUUUAUCUUAUGAUGAUUGUUUUUUUAAUUGUUGGUGGCUGUUUUAUUAAUCCUGUCCAAAAAAGUACUAUGAAAACACAAUUUUUCUUCUGUCUAGUAAAUAUGUUACCUGUUAUGUUUAACUUUGAAACAUAUGACCACUGUCAGAAAAAAUAAAAAAAAUUGUCCCAUGCUGUUACUGUGGCAGUACCCCCUUUUAAAAGGUCCUAACGUCACCAGAGGGUACAGAUACAUAUACAUUUGGUAUCAAUAUGUAGCCUUACUUUGUGGUUAUAAGUAUGCACUUCUGUUCUGAAGUAGAGUUUGUUAUGUUACCAAAAUUUCAGUAUUUGGUACCAAUACCAGUAAAAAAUUGCAGUUCUUGGUACCAAUUUUGGUACCCAAAGCACAGGUUUCAAACACGGCUGCUCAUGCUCAAUUGUCGCGACUCACGUCUUUUUGUUGCGUCUAUGAAAAGUUUUUUAACUUACAGCCUGAACCUGUGAAACCCGGUUCUGCAGUGUUACAAAGUUGUACUUUUGGAAAGGGUGCCGCCACAAUGACAGCUACAAAAAUCUUUUUUUUUCUAACAAUGUAACUAGGAAUGAGUUCUCAUUAUGUGUGUAAAUAUCUGUAAAUGUAGUAAUGUUCUGCUUGCUGUAACACUUUCUGUGUUAUAAAAAUUAUUUAUUUAUGGAGUCAAUUAGUUUCAGUCAAUUUUUGCACCUCUUGUCAAUGCAUGACAGAUGAUUAAGUGUAGAAAGACAGAUGAAUAAUGAGAUUGAUCAUUUUGUUGGGGAGAUUGUUCUAGAGCUUUAUCUAGUCCUCCAUAAAGACACAUCUGAACAACUUUCCCACGACGACAGGACGGUUUCGUGAAAACCGAGCCGGCUGCUCAACGACUGGAGCGUCUGAGGAAAGAACGGCAGAAUCAGAUCAAGUGUAAAAACAUUCAAUGGAAAGAAAGAAGCUCAUCUCAGUCAGCAGACGACUUAGGCUUGCUGUUUGAAAAGAAGGACUUUAAGGAUCGGUCCCGGAGUACGGGCAGUAAAUCCAUGCUUUCCCUGCGGCUUGAACAGUGUCCUCAACAGCUCAACAACCCUUUUAAUGAAUACUCCAAAUUUGAUGGCAAGGGCCAUGUCGGUACAACGGCAACCAAAAAAAUUGACGUCUACCUCUCAAUGCAGUCGACCCAAGAAAAGCUUCACCCCAUGACGGUGGUCACCAUGGCCAACGCUCGGGUUCAUGAUCUCAUCGGGCUCAUCUGCUGGCAGUACACGUCUGAGGGUCGUGAACCCAAGCUUACUGAAAAUGUCAACACUUACUGUCUGCACAUUGCUGAAGACGAUGGCGAGGUGGACACAGAUUUCCCACCGCUGGAUUCCAAUGAGCCCAUUCAUAAGUUUGGCUUUAGCACAUUGGCUCUGGUUGAGAAGUACUCGUCUCCUGGACUGGGACCCAAACAGUCGCUCUUCGUUCGAAUAAACGCCGCUCACGGGUUCUCCCUGAUCCCAGUGGAUAGUCUGAAAGUGAGCAUGAAGGAAAUCUUACAGAAGGCUCUUAAGAAGAGAAAGGGCUCACAGAAAGGCUCAGGUCCAAUGUAUCGUCUGGAGAAACAGACAGAACCCAAUGUGGCGGUGGAUCUGGACAGCACGCUGGAGAACCAGAACACGCUUGAGUUCUGCUUAGUCCGAGAAAACAGUUCUCGAGGUGAGGAGAGCUCAGAGGAAGAUCCACCCAUAGACAUCACUACGGUACAGGACAUGUUGAGCAGUCAUCACUACAAGUCCUUCAAGAUUUGCAUGAUCCACAAACUCCGCUUUACCACUGACGUACAGCUAGGAAUAUCUGGAGAAAAGGUGGAAAUCGAUCCCGUCACCAAUCAGAAGACCAGCACAAAGUUCUGGAUCCGACAGAAGCCUAUCUCCAUCGACUCAGACCUGCUGUGUGCAUGUGAUCUGGUGGAGGAGAAGAGUCCAAAUCAUGCAAUAUUCAAGCUCACAUAUCUAAGCAACCACGACUACAAAGCGCUUUACUUUGAAUGUGACGCUGCUACAGUCAACGAGAUUGUGCUUAAAGUGAACUACAUCCUGGAGUCUCGUGCCAGCACUUCCAGAGCGGAUUAUUUUGCGCAGAAACAACGCAAACUGAACCGCCGCACUAGCUUCAGUUUUCAGAAGGAUAAGAAGUCGGGCCAGUAGCGCUGACAGCCGAAUCGACUCGCCGUCUCAACCAAUCAGAGAGUGAGAUGCGUCUAUGAGACAGGGCGAAUAUGAAGCACAGACGGAUGGGUUAAAAAAAAGAGUGAGUCAAAGAUAAAGGGACAUGUUUGAAAGAGUGUGUUGAUGAGUAUCAAUCAUAUCAAAGCACUAAAGCGCUCUCUGCUGUCACUGGAGGAUGUACUAGUGAACGAUUAUUGCCAUCAACCCAGAACCACACAAACAUCCGUCAGGUCCUGGAGAACUUAACAAGCUGCUGUCCGCAUCAAAGACUUCUUUCUACUGCCUACAAACCAUCUGUACAGAAACUCACAUCACACACACACACACACGUGUAACUCUUAUUAGCCAUCCUGCCGGAUCAAAACAUGCAUCGUACACUGAGAUGCAAAGGCAUUGCUUUCUUUUAUAAUGAAUAUGUAAAUAGUAACCACGUUCAGGGUGGAAUGAUAAAAACCCUCUUUGGCCAUAGUUCUUCAGUGCCUGCUAUUGAACUAUAGGACUUUAUGUCGCCUUCAAAACGUUUUUACCAACAGAGGGCAAUGACAGAUUUUUAAUGAUCAAAUAUGAUAAUUCUACUUUUUACUGUGAUGUUUGAUGUUUUUUUCCUCUGCAUCAUUUCUUCGGAUGAAAUUAAGCAACCAAAUGCUGUGGCUUUUGGUUGGUCCUCUCGGGCUGCGAUGGGAAUGUAUUUCAGCACAUUUCUUUGUAAAUGUUAAAGCUAACAUUAUUUCAUCUGUGUGUGCAGAGAUAGGUUUGUUCUCUGGACCGAUCGGAUGGGUUUCUUUCCAUCAUUGAGAGAAACUCACGUACUUUAACUCCACUUUAAAAGCUGCUCUUAUUCAACUGGAUUCAGGGUGCAUGUUUAUCCAAAUCUGUUCUGACUCAGGUUUCCCACUGCCAUAUUGUCUGAUCUUGGUUUAUUUUUUUGUAAUAUCUGUCAAAGGCUCAGAGCGAGGCUCGGUUCGGCUCUGAUUGAUGCUCGUGUUCCCGUGAUGGGAGAAGCGCUGAAUAGACAUUUCAAAUAAAACUUUAUUUAUAAUGUUCUGACGACGGGGGGUUUGUCAUGCGGCCUAUGGAAUCAACAAUAUUUGCUACAGUACAUGUAUACUGUAUAUAAGUAGAUUUUCUAAUUAAAGACUGAAUUACGGUA